GGGCAGGGUGACGCCCAGUCGCUGCUGCUGUGCAGAUAAAGUACAGCGCUCAUGAAUGCGCCAAUAAGACUGAACAUUGCAGUUUUGUCCAUAAGAGGGAGUCAAGUUUAUUAUAUGCACUGUUUUCGCCCACCUCCACAACAGAGCUACAGAGCACAUUGACCAGAAAGGGGGAAAUACUGCUUGGCAACUAUCAUUUUCUCUCAUAGUGGCUGUGGAAACUUCUCUCUGUGGUUGGAUAGUCGAUCGGUCAGUUCGCCCCUAAAGCCUUCACCCACAACUUCGCCUCUUCGUCGCAGCUGAACAACACGGGGGUCAUUACCACAGGAGGCUCUUCAUUUUUUUCGUACCUGGAUUAACUCGUAGACGUCAAUAUUUUAUUUUUAUUGUUCUUCUGAUUUCGUGACGGAGAGCCCUUUUCUCUCUCAGAAUGUUGUGGAAAUUAGCCGACAACGUAAAAUAUGAGGAUGACUGUGAGGAAAGGCACGACGGCAACAGCAAUGGGAACCCCCGGCUGCCUCACCUGCCCGCGGUCAGUCAGCACCUCUACAGCCCGUCGCCCUCCCUCUCGCACUCGGCCAGUUCGGACUUCCAGCCCCCGUACUUCCCGCCUCCCUACCAGCCCAUCUCCUACCCGCAGUCCAGUGACCCCUACUCCCACCUCGGAGACCCUUUCAACAUCAACUCCAUACACCAGUCGCCCUCUUCGAACCAGCAGCAGCCGUGGCCUGGUCGACAAGGACAGGAUGGGCUCGGUGCGCACGGGAGAAGCGGCCUGGCGACUCAGAUCCUGGGCCUGGAGGGAGGCUCAUCCGUGAUGAGGAAGGAAGGGUUCCGCCGGCCGGAGCUGCUGCCCCCACACGCGCACAGCAUUGAGUCGUCGGUUAUUGGUGAUAACAUGGGGAUGCACGACAUGGGGCACGGACUGGAGGAUGUUCAACAUGUAGAUGACCACAGUAUUAUUAUGGCAGAUCAGACAGUCAUCAAAAAAGUAUUAGGACUGCGAGGUGGCAGGAACCUUGAUCGCUUACAGAGGACUUAUUAUCAGGGGGGCAUUCUUGCGGGUCCUGUCACUUUACCCAAAGGCAAUGCGCUGGGUCUUCCUUUCCAGAAAGAGUCCCUGCUGGGCAUGGUAUCAAACCCAACAGAGGUAUUCUGCUCCGUACCGGGCCGUCUUUCUUUGCUGAGCUCCACAUCCAAGUACAAGGUUACCGUGGCCGAGGUUCAGAGACGUCUGUCACCCCCUGAGUGCCUCAAUGCAUCGCUCCUGGGAGGGGUUUUACGCAGGGCCAAGUCGAAAAAUGGAGGGCGCUCUCUGAGAGAAAAGCUGGAUAAAAUUGGGCUCAACCUGCCUGCAGGAAGAAGGAAAGCAGCCAAUGUCACUCUGCUUACUUCACUAGUAGAAGGUGAAGCUGUUCAUUUAGCAAGAGACUUUGGCUACGUCUGCGAGACAGAAUUCCCCGCAAAGGCAAUUGCUGAAUACCUGGGCAGGUCGCACGUGGAACGCAACGAGGUUAACUCUCGCAAGAACAUGCUCCUAGCUGCCAAGCAAAUCUGCAAGGAGUUCACCGACUUGCUCACUCAGGACCGUUCACCACUGGGAAACUCUCGACCGGCCCCCAUCAUGGAGCCUGGAAUCCAAGGCUGCCUGACCCACUUCAGCCUCAUCACCCACGGCUUUGGCUCCCCAGCCAUCUGUGCCGCCAUGACCUCACUUCAGAACUACCUGAACGAGGCGCUCAAACAAUUGGACAAGAUGUACCUGAGCUCCGGUAGCGACACCCAGGGAUCCUCAGACAGUGGGAGUAAAUCUACCGACAAAAUGGACAAGCACAGGAAAUGAGAGCUCAAAGGAGAAUCCUUAUGAACUUGAGACCCCGAGUCCCUUCAUCUUGCUGCCCCCUCUACCCCUUUUGGACUUUAAAAAAAAUCAAUAUUGAUUGAUAAGUAUUGUCAUUUUGAGAGGUGACUUUUUGUAUGACUGUGCGUGUGCAUGUGUGUGUACUCGCACUGUUGAACUUAUAUUUUUUUGAGAAGUUGAUGAUUCCUAAGAACUUGUCACUGCUGGAUCAACACCUGUGGUGAAUGCCCGUGCACUGGUCCUAUGGCAUAAUAUACACCUUAUCAUAUCACUAUGCAGUUCCAUACAGUUGCCAAUGUGCUGAUGCUACAACCGUGAGACCUGCACUCUGUUGACAAGAGCAGGAAAAGAAUAAAGUGCGUACUGUUUUAUGCUCCCUAGAGGACAUCAUUUCAAGAUGAGCUGCUGUGGCUGUGAAUUCCUCUCAGACCCCCCCAACCCGUACCCCCACCUCCCCACCCCCUGCUUUAUCUGGAGGCAAAUCCACUGAUUUCCUGUGUCUCAAUGGACUUGCAAAGGACAAUUUUUUUCAUAUGAGAAAGAGAGGGGAGAAAAUCGACUUCUUUUUUCUGUGCUUCAUUUGUACAACCACUUCAAAAUGACUGCAGUGUUAUUGUGCUUUGUUCCUGAGAGAUGAUUUGAAUCUUAUGUAGGCCUGAAUGAGAAAAGACAGUUUUUGGUUUGUCAGUCUGUGUUCGACCCAAAUCCAGGGACUUUAAAGCCUCUUCAGUGUUCAUGUGGAUUAUGGGCGUAACAAUGCUUCCCAUGUUAUUCUGUCUUUUAAACUUGGCAGCAAGAACACGUUAUUUUUGUGACCACGUGAUCAUUCUUAGUAUUUAAAAACUCCAACUUACCGUCAGCCUAUCACCAGUUCAGUCCUGCCAGAGUGUACGUAUGUUGUGAGAAUGUGUGUAAAUGUAUAUAUUUCUUUCUUUAAAAAUGUUUUUAACUAGACAUUAAAUUCCAAACAUAGAAUUUUAUCCAGUGUCUUGUCCUGGAUGUAAAUAUUUUCUAAUUUAUGUUGUAAUUUAAUGGGCUUGUGUAAAUAAUGGUAUCACUCUGGUGUAUGGUUUCACUUUUUAUGAUGAUGUGUUAAACUUUUAUAAAUGGGUUAGUUUUUUUUAUCAAGUAGAGGUUAGGAAGUGGGCAUGAUAUACUUUUUUGAAAAAUAUCUUUAAAAAACUGUUUCAGGAAAAAUAAAAAUAAAAUGAAAGACUGA